AAAAUUUUGCAACACCCUGGAACGUACUUCUUUCAUUUGGACCACCACCGGCUGUCAAAUGUCAGCUGUCCCAAAAAUGAAAACUACUCUUCUGAGAAGGAAAAUUUUUAAUGAAUGAUAAAUCAAAUCAACACACAAAGGACAUGACGAUACUCGACAUAAUGAAAUCAAAAAACCAAAGCUUACAAGAAAAACGUACAACGCGUUGGAUGGCACUAAUAUGUUCAAAUCGACAUUCUUUGGAAUAGUUUCUGUAUUUGUAGUUUGCAAUUUUUUAUGGACGCUUCAUUUUCUCAACACAAAAAACUAUUUUCACAACAAAAGCCCUAAUAUAUCUUUGAUAGCUGCAGCACAAGCAUCAAAGAAUUUGCUAGAUGAUAGAAUAACAAAUGAAAUAGUUGUUCCUAAAAAAACCAAAGUAUCCGUCUAUUAUCCGUACAAUUUGGCUUUUAGCGACAUCAAUUCCGAACUCGGAAGAUGGGACAAUCAGAGACUUUACAAAAUAUUCGACUUUGCUUUGGUAGGCGACAGAUUUGCAAAGCUAUCAGCCAGCAGCGUAGUGUCUUUGGCCACUCAAAGCUCCAUAGAAAGGCUCUAUUCGAUUGUACAAGUAAGCAAACAUUGGUCGGGUCCCAUUUCUCUGGCUGUUUUUGUUUCCGAUAACGAAGAGUUCUUUAUUUUGCAAAACUAUGUUACAUAUUUGAGAUUGUGCUUUGACUUUAUCAAUGACAAUAUUAGUUUUCACGUUUUGGUUCCACAAUCAACAAGUCCAUUGAACACAUCCCAAAAGCACUUUGCCUACACUACAAGCUUUGAUUGCCAUUCACCGAAGGUUACUUUAAGCAAAAUGUUAAAAACUCGAACAGUUGAGAGUCUAAAAUGGAGACUGAGAAAUGUUUAUCCACAGAAUCAUUUGAGAAAUUUGGCUAGAAAGGGUUGCCAAACAAAGUAUGUUUUUCUAACUGAUGUGGAUAUUGUGCCGAGCGAGAAUAUCUUUACACAUUUGAGUGUGUUUUUGAGAGGGACGAAUUGUUUGAAGAUGUGCGCUUUUGUUAUUCCAACUUAUGAAAUUGAUAGUCGAGCAAAGUUUCCAGGGGAUAAAGUUGAACUUUUGCGGCUAGUGAAGAAAAAUCUGGCUAGACCGUUUCAUGAGAAUGUAUUUAUUUACAAUCAGUAUGCAACUAAUUUUUCAAGAUGGCAAAAGGAUUCUAGAUCGGAUUUGGAUACGUUUAUCAGCCAUAAUGUAACGAAUUUCGAGUUUUUGUAUGAACCAUUUUAUGUAGCGCCAGAUGAUUCUCCGCCUCAUGAUGAACGGUUUUUGGGAUAUGGAUUUACAAGGAAUUCUCAGGUCUACGAAAUGUUUAUAGCGGGCUAUACUUUUCACGUUCUAUCGCCGUUGUUCACGUGUCACUGGGGCCUACAAAUGAAGAAAAUGAAACCAGCUUGGAGAGAAAAACAAAACAAUAUAAAUCGAAAAAGAUUCGAGUCUUUUAAGAGAGAAAUUUUAGCUCGCUACGGAAAGGACAACAGCUCACCUUUAGCUCAAAAAUCUAUUAAAACAAAAAGUUGUACAAGAAAAUGAAAUUAAUAGUAACCAAUUAUUUUAGUUAA